UUUGCCUUGUCUUUUCCUCUUUCCGUCGCCCGGCAUUCCUCCCCUCCCCCUCACUGCUAAGAGAGUUCUUCCUUUUCGGACUGAAUCGCCUCCUCGAGAAGAUUUUUUUUCCCCUACUGUUGCUGGCUCUGCUACCACUGCCGCCACUGGGCCCAUUUGCCCCAACCCCUUCCCGCCGCCCCACCCCUAGUCCCACACAAGAUGUCAGAGGAUCUAGCAAAGCAACUGGCAAGUUACAAAGCUCAACUGCAGCAAGUAGAAGCUGCAUUAUCUGGAAAUGGAGAAAAUGAAGAUUUGCUAAAAUUGAAGAAAGAUUUACAAUGGCUCUCUGCAUCCCCGAAACGCCUUCCUUCAGUAAGCAGAGUGCUUGAAUGCACCCCCUUUGACCUGCUGAUAUGUAGAUCACAACACCUGAUGCUUCCUGGAAUUGCCGAUUACUGUAACUGCUGCCCAUCUGUCAAUGAAGGAGCAGUUUCAGAACUCAGACUUGGGGGAGGAAAAGUAAUUAAUGGAAGUUAUAGAAUUAACCAAAGACCUUCUGUCAACUCAACCUUCAGAAACUCUUACAAGUUCCGACAGUUUUGCUUCUACUCAGCCCACUCAUUCAUGGAAAGUAGGAGACAAGUGUAUGGCAAUCUGGAGUGAAGAUGGACAGUGUUACGAAGCGGAGAUCGAGGAGAUAGAUGAGGAAAACGGCACCGCUGCAAUCACCUUUGCUGGUUAUGGCAAUGCUGAAGUGACUCCACUGUUGAACCUCAAGCCUGUAGAAGAAGGAAGGAAGGCAAAGGAGGACAGUGGCAGCAAACCCAUGUCAAAAAAAGAAAUGAUUGCCCAACAGCGUGAAUAUAAAAAGAAGAAAGCUUUGAAAAAAGCACAAAGAAUAAAAGAACUUGAGCAAGAAAGAGAAGACCAGAAGGUUAAAUGGCAGCAAUUCAACAACAGAGCCUAUUCUAAAAAUAAAAAAGGCCAGGUAAAGAGGAGUAUUUUUGCUUCACCUGAAAGUGUAACUGGCAAAGUUGGAGUAGGAACUUGUGGAAUUGCUGAUAAACCUAUGACACAGUAUCAAGAUACUUCUAAAUACAAUGUGAGGCAUUUGAUGCCUCAAUAAUCAGAAAAACUGUUGGAUUUCAUCUCUGCAGGGCUUUACAUUUACCUUUUUAUCCUUAUAUUUUUCUAAAGGUAAAUUAUUUGCUAGGUGAGUAAGGAAGAUACCAUUGUUGUCAAUAGAAUGAAACUUGAAGAAAUUGCAUUUGAUAAACUUAUUCAUUUAACUUUUCAUUAUUCCUACCAUAGUUCCUUCAGUUUAUUAAAUAAGACAACUUUUCUAGAUAGAAGCUGCUUCAUUUGGCACUCAGAGGAAUUGAUAUACUAAAACCAAGUUCCCACUUACAGUUGUAACUUGGAAUUUGACACACAAUUCAUUGGAACAUGAAGGCAAAACACCAACCUCUUGUUAGAGAUCUUUUUUUUGUUUUCAACUUUAAAACCUAGCUACUGUCAAGGUAAACCUAAAGAUGGGUUAUUUUAUAAUGGCAGUUUGUUUUGAGAUAUUUCCUUUAGUAACUUGUUUCCUAAGCCAAUUAGGCCAUCUCUAAAAUUGAGUUAGCUUUUGUUUUUAUUCAUUUGAUUUUAUGUAGAAAAACAUGUUUAGGAUGGUGUUUUCGUUUGGUGUUUUGUGAAUUCAUUUGUUUUUGUAUGUUUGCUUUUCCCUUUAAUUUACAGUAGUGGUACUGUUUUUUUUGGACAUGUAAUGUUUGUAUCAGAAAACAAAAAGCUGAUGUAUAGCCCUGUAUACAGUGUAGAUACUAUUUUUGUAAAAAACCAAGGCUAAAUUAAUGAACAAGAGUACUGAAUGUUUCAUCAUUAAAAAUUUCUUGUAUUUCUUGUGCAUUAAUCUUACCAUAAUUGCCCUGUAUAUUAUGUUCAUGUAGCUGAGUUUAUAAUUUUAAUUAACUAGAUCAAGUUGCCAGCAUUUGUUGGUGUGAACAUCACAGUUAUCCGAAGUUGAGUUUAAGCCAAAUACUUAUAUAGAAAAGGGUCUUCCUAUCAAUGGAAGAUGAUUUUUAGGAUGUGUGUUAAUUUCAGUUUUGUAUGUUUAACUUUUAUUAAAUAAAGUGUUUUUAAAAUCUCCA